CAUCGUCCUUUUCACUUAAAGUGAGCAGAUGCGAGAGCGCUCUAAUGCCCUGAAUGCAAAUGUUAGCAAAGAUUUGAUGGGUGCUUACUGGAACAAAAUCAACGAGAAUAACGGUGGAAACGCAAGCUUCAAUCCACAGACAUUGACUGGUAACGCCCUGAACUUUUUCGGAGCCGGAACGCACAGUGUGAGGGCGAGCAUGUUGUGGCACCUGCUUAACUGUGCCCGAGACCCCGAAGGUGUCCAGAGGAAACUUCAGCAAGAAGUGGACGAAGUCGUAGGCCGGGUGAGAGCUCCUGAAUGGGAGGACAGGAAAAACAUGCCCUACACCAUGGCUGUCAUCUGGGAAAUGCUGCGCUGGAGGACAGUAGCGCCGUUGGGUAUCAUCAGAGAAGCCGAACGCGACACCACCAUAGGCGGUUUCCACGUUCCCGCUGGCACCGUGGUGAUGUCGAACGUCUGGGCGCUUCAUCACGAUCCGGAUGUUUGGGAACACCCCAUGGACUUUGAUCCGACCAGAUUUCUGAGCACGGAUCAAACCAAGCUUCUACCGAAGCCAGCCGCCCUGCUCCCUUUCAGUACAGGACGGCGUAUGUGUCCCGGAGAAACGCUGUCUAUGAUGGAGCUGUUCAUAUACCUGGCCACGCUAAUGCAAAGGUUCACGGUUCUGCCCAAGGAGGGAGACACCAUCUCCAUGGACAUCUUCGACGGUUUCAUCACCCUACCCCUGCACACCCAAGAGAUUCGAUUUGUACCGAGAUGAGCGAAGUGAUGAGCGUUGGAUUUGGAGAGUGUCUGGUCGAAGUAGAGCACAAAUUUCUAAUAUUAAAUAAAAAUAUAAAUCUGGAUACCCAAUAGAAUUAUUUCUACCUUCUUGCCGUACUCUCAGCA